AGUCCAUGCCAAUCCUGAAUGUCAAUAUUUCCCAUAAUGAACACAAUAACUGAAGAGGAGACACAAGCCUCCUCCAUUAUAUAUACAGUUACAUACACUCUCCAAAAACCCACCAAGCCAGAAAGUGAAGAAGACAGAAAGAGAAAGAGAGAAUGGCAAAAUCACCAGUAGGAAAGCACCCACAUAUGGCUUUUGGAUGGGCUGCCAGAGACUCCUCUGGACCUCUGGUACCCUCUCCCCUUUCCAUUUCUCCAGAAGAGAAGAUGAGAGAGAGAGAAGAUGAGAGAGAGAGAAACCUCAAACACUACAACCAUAACCGUGAGAGUUUUCCGGUGAGGGAGUGUCCAGACCAAAACAACUACCAUAGCCUUAAGAGAAGUAACGCACGGGGAUCAGAAAGGACGGCAGGACAGGAGUGUGGGAAGAACCAAAGACCAACAUAUGGAUAUGGUAAAGGGGUUCUGGAGCAAGCAACCUCCUUUUUCAUCACAAACUUUCCAGAGGAUCUGGAGAUGGGAGAUAUGUGGCCAGCUUUCGUGAAAUGCGGACGGGCAAUCCAAGUUUUCAUUGCAAAAAAGAGAGACAGAUGGGGACGACGAUUUGGCUUUGCUAAGUUCCUUGAUGUGGCUGACCCGAAAUCCAUGCAGACCAAGCUUAACCAAAUCAGAUUUGGUGAUCAAUUCCUCCAUGCAAAUCUGGCUAGGUUCGCUCAAGGGGACAAACCGCUGGAGCAAAAGAGCAGAAGGAAGGUGCCACUGAAGGAAAAAGGCGAUUUGUCAUAUGCAGAGGCUUUGAAAAGGGGAGUAAGUGAGAAUCACGGACAUGCUCAUAGGAAGGAGUGGCAGAGGAAAAGGCAGGGGACUUCAGACAAGAUUGAGAAAAACAACUGGUAUGGGCUUGAGGUAAAGGUUGAGGAUGAAGAUUUAGAAUGGCUAAGACAAAGCUUUGUGGGGUUCGCCAAGAGCCCUGAAAUCAUCUGCAAUCUUCAGGAAAAGUUCUUAAUGGAAGGUUAUUUCUCAGCAAAACUAACACCAAUGGGUAGCAAUAUGGUGUUAAUCUCUUGUGAGGACAGUGAUGAACUAAAGAAUCUUGUGGAAUCGGGGAGAGACUGGCUUGCACAGUGGUUCACGAACAUCAAACCUUGGACUCCUGAGUUAGUUGCAACAGAGAGAUUUACUUGGUUGAGAUGCCAAGGUGUGCCACUACAUAUAUGGAAGAGCAGCUUCUUUGAAACGGUGGCAAACCUCUUUGGGAAAUUUAUCUCCCUGGACAAUAGCACUAUAAAAAGAUCUCGUUUGGAUGUGGCCAAAAUUUUAGUUUUGACACCUUCCCAAGCCAAUAUUCAAAGGGUGAUAAAGGUUAAAGCCAGGGAGGCUAUAUUCCAGAUCAGAAUUUCUGAGGAGAUAGGGGUUGAUAAUCUAUUCUCCCUUCGUUCUGACUUUGUGUUGUGCAGGAAUGAAGAUUCGGAGGAUGAAGAAUGGUCAGAAGAAUCAAAAUGGGAUGAAACUGGAAACGGAAAUGACUGGGAUGAAUGGCAAGCUAUACAAGAUGAUGACGAGAAGGACUUCAUGGAAGUAGAUGAUUCAGGGAGGAAGAAACGGGGGACGUUGCCGGUGCCGGAGGUCGAAGUUGAAAAGGUGUCUGAAACCACGCUGACAGGAAGAUCUGCAUUUAAUGCAAAAGAUUACAAUUCAAAUUUGAAAGUGAUGGUAAACAAUGAGGGUACUUUCGAGGAGGAUAUUGAAUCGGAGUCAUUGGAAAAUGAGAAAAGCAAAUCCAAAGGCAGAAAUGAGGUAUUUGAACCUACCAUCCUAAUCAAGUGCAAAGAAGUAGGCAGAAAUGCUCACCAACAAAAUGCCAACAAACUGGUGUCUACGAACCACAACACCUCCCCAUUGAAUCUGCACAGUGUCAGUGACGUGGUGGGCCACGAGGCCAAAACAAAGAAAGGAAUUCAACAAUUGGGCCAAGAAAACUUGACCCAUGAAACUAGCCAGGAGGGCUUGGGCUCACAACAAGGAAUUAAAAUUUUAAAAAGGAUUACAACCCAUACCAGGGAAGAAAAGGAAGACACAAAACAGGCAGGGGUUUUGGAAGACGCAAGAAGGGAAGGUGGAAAUACAACUAUUGUAAAUACAACCAUAGAGGAGGAGAAACGUACCCAACCAUUCUGGGAGGGUCUAGCAAGCGAUGAUGAGAUUCUCCAAGCAAAGGCAGAUCGUCUAGCUCAGGAUAAAGCCAGAAAAGGAAAGCGGAUCAAGCAAUCGAAGAGGAGGAGGAAAUGCAAGAUCACAGCUAGUACCAGUAACUCUAAUUUGAAGAGCAUUCACCAAACGGCCGAAUUGGAAGAGGAAUACAGCUACUCAACUUGUAGAAAUGAAGGCAAAAGGAACUGGAAACAAGAAGCAGCAGAAUUUUGGGAAAUCGGGCUGCGGCUAGGAUUGAUCUAUAAAGGCAAUGUGGAUGAUCUCAUUAGGAGAGUGGGUGAAAUGGAAAGAAGAGAUAGAAUUGCCCUGGAGACUAAGCUUGAAAGGUUUGAUGAUAAAAUAGCAAAAUCCAUUUGGGGAGCUGAGUUAUGUGCAUGGGUCGCAAAAGAAGCAAAAGGAAAAUCUGGAGGAAUUGCAUGUGUGUGGAAUCCAGAUUCAUUCAACAUGGUGAAAAGAAUUGAAGGUAGUGGUUUUGUUGGAAUGUUUGGUUUCUGGGGAAAGGAUAACGUGCCUUGCUUUCUUAUAAAUGUUUACUCUUCCUGUGAUAAGAAUGAGAAAAGAAUCUUAUGGGGCGAACUCACCGAUUUAAUAAAGGUUAAUGGAGGAGGUAAUUGGUGUAUUGGAGGGGAUUUUAAUGCAGUGCGAGAUAAGGAAGAAAGAAGAGGGAGAUAUACUGAUGCUGUAGAUAUGAGAGGUUUCAAUGACUUUAUCUUGGAUGCAGGCUUGGAGGAAAUACCUAUGGUAGGGAGGAAAUUCACAUGGUACAAAUCAGAUGGAACAGCUAUGAGUAAACUUGACAGAUUUUUAUUCUCCACAGAAUUCCUAAUCAACUUCCCAAACUUGAUCCAGCGAGGUCUGAGCAGAGACUUGUCAGAUCACUGCCCAGUUCUAGUGAAAAGCCUGAAUGCAGAUUGGGGUCCAAAGCCUUUUAGAAGCUUGGAUUGCUGGAUGAAUCAUGAAGGUUUCGAUGCUUUUGUUCGUGACAAGUGGAGUAGUUUUGAGAUAGAUGGGUGGGGUUGCUACAAACUAAAAGAAAAAUUGAAGAUGCUAAAAAAGGAGCUGAAAGCCUGGAAUAAAGAAGUCUUUGGAGUUGUUGAUAGAAACAUGGAUGCAGCUAGAGAGGAAAUAAAGCAGUUAGAUGAAAAAGAGGAGAACGAAGGUCUUACAAGCAUGGAGAUUGAUAAAAGAAAGGAGAACUUCCACAAGUUCAUGGAGUGGAGCAAGGCGAAAGACAGCAUACUAUUCCAGAAAUCUAGGCAGAGAUGGUUAAAAGAAGGUGAUGCAAACACAAAGUUCUUCCAUGGUUGCAUUGUCAAUAGAAGGAAGCAAAAUGAAAUCAUAGGCCUUUAUAACAAUGGUGAAUGGAUCGAAGAUGCUGGUGAGGUGAAGGAAUUGGCAAGAAACUACUUCAAAGAUAAAUUUGAAGAAGAAAAGUGGGACAGACCUUCACUGGGAGAUUUGCAAUUCAAGAAGAUUAGUGAAGCUGAAAACAAUUUUUUAAUCUCCAAAUUCUUUACAGAGGAGAUUGAUGAAGCAGUGUGGGGAUGCAAUGGAGCCAAAAGCCCGGGUCCAGAUGGCUUUAAUUUCAAUUUUAUCAAAAAGGUCUGGCCAGUUAUUAAGGAAGAUGUGUAUGCUUUUUUAGCAGAAUUUCAUGAAAAUGGAAAGCUAGUCAAAGGGAGCAACGCUUCGUUCAUUGUCUUGAUUCGUAAAAAGGAAAAUCCUCAGGGUUUUGGGGACUACAGGCCUAUCUCCCUCAUUGGUAGCAUGUACAAAAUAGUCUCUAAAAUUCUCGCUAAUAGGCUGAGAAGGGUGAUGGAUUCGGUGAUUAGCCCUAAUCAAACAGCUUUUAUAGGAGAAAGACAAAUUAUAGAUGGAAUAGUCAUCACCAACGAGAUUAUCCAUGAAGCAAAGCAAUCAAAGAAACCGAUGUUGGUGUUUAAAGCAGAUUUUGAGAAGGCAUAUGACAGUGUAAACUGGGAGUUUUUGGAUAAGAUGAUGGAGAAAUUAGGCUUCUCAACAAAAUGGCGUGCUUGGAUAAAAGAAUGCUUGUCCUCAACCUCAGUGUCUUUAUUGAUAAAUGGCAGCCCCACUAAGGAAUUUACAGUAUCAAAAGGAUUGAGGCAGGGGGAUCCUCUUGCUCCUUUUUUAUUUUUAAUGGUUGCAGAAGCCCUCAAUGGGCUAAUUACUAAAGCUACAGAGGAGAGAUUGUUCGAAGGGGUUACAAUAGGGGAGAUGAAAUUGAAUAUAACUCAUCUCCAAUUUGCAGAUGACUCCAUCUUGUUCUGUGAGGCUUCAGCUAAAAAUGUAUGGAUGAUUAAAUGCAUCUUAAGGAGCUUCGAAUUGCUAUCUGGCUUGAAAGUGAAUUUCCAUAAAAGUGCUUUGUAUGGAUUUAAUGUAGGAAAGGGGGAAUUAUUGGCUUUAGCUGACAGCUUGAAUUGUUUAGCAGGCUCAGCUCCUUUUAAAUACUUAGGUGUGUUGGUAGGGGCAAACCCAAGGAAAUUAUCUACUUGGAAACCAGUCAUUGAUUGUUUACGGAAAAAGCUAUCCCUGUGGAGAUGUAAUUCACUGUCUUUUGGUGGACGCAUCACUCUACUGAACUCGGUCCUUUCAUGCAUCCCUGUGUAUUACUUCUCUUCAAUUAAGGCUCCUAAACAGGUACUCAACCUUAUUUCUUUAAUCCAACGCAGAUUUCUUUGGGGAGGGAAUGAAGAAAAUAAAAGGAUCUCUUGGGUUAGUUGGGAUAGAGUCUGUAGAAGUAGAAGAGAAGGUGGAAUAGGGGUCAAAGAUGUUGGGUUGUUUAAUUUAGCCUUAUUAGGAAAAUGGAGAUGGAGACUGCUACAGGAGAGAGGAACUUUAUGGAGGAAGGUGAUGGAGGCAAAGUACAAACUCACUCUAAAAAAUGAGUGGGAGGGGCAAGAAUGGGGAAGUAGGUGCUCACCAUGGUGGAGAGACUUGUGGAAUCUAGAUAGGAACAUUGAGUCUAGGAGAAACUGGGUGAAAGAAGGAAUGUUAAAAUCAGUAGGGGACGGAAGUGAUACUUUGUUCUGGCAUAACAUCUGGGUUGGGGAGAUGCCACUUAAGGAGAAAUACAAUAGAUUAUUUGGGAUCUCUAUAGAUAAGGAGGCUGUCAUUGCAAAAAUGGGUAAUUGGAAUCAAGGGGUGUGGGAAUGGACAUGGAAGUGGAGACGAAAUCUUUUUGCUUGGGAAAAUGAACUUUUGCAGGAAUUAAUCAAGGAACUACAAACAAUCUCGCUAAAACAAGGACAGCAGGAUGCAUGGACUUGGAAAUAUAACCAAAAAGGCAAGUACACAGUGAAGACAACAUACAAACAUUUAUGUCAACAACACAUUACAGGUUCUACUUCUGGCCAAAGAAUCCCAACAAAGGACAACUUGAAAAGUCGGGGACUGAAAGACCAUGAUGAUGACAAAUGUGUGCUAUGUGGAGUAGAAGUAGAGAGCGUGGAACAUCUUUUUUUCAAAUGUGAGGUUUCAUGGAGCAUAUGGGCCUCAUGCUAUGACUGGUGGAACCUCAAAACAGUUGGCCAAGGUAAAGGAUGGAUACAUAUUGAGCAGCACACUGGCUUGGUAUCCAGAGGACUCAUGAAGGAAAUGUGGAUAGUAAUCUGGUUUGCAACUAUUUGGUCCAUUUGGCUGUGGCGUAAUCAGAAAAUAUUCAAAGAUGAAGCCGACAGUUGGGAGCGGGUUCUUGAGCUAAUAGAGUUCAGGUCGUUUUACUGGUGCAAAACAACAUUAUGCCCAGAUCUUGUGCAAGACAAAUGGCGCUCCAAACCAAAAGAAGGACACAAGAGAUUGCAACAAUGAGUUUGAGACUAAUCACCAUGUAAUGGACCAUGGAAAGAGGUUACUCGCUGGUAGAAGUAAAGAUGGAUACCUACCUCCUAAAAGGCAAGUAAAUGGUUGUCAAGCCGGUGGCUGAUUACAAUCCGUGUUGCCCGGCAUAUGUAUGGGAUCUUUAAUUGUGAAAGCCUUUAUGAAUUUGUAGUGUAAUGGGUUUGGAGUACCCCCUGUACUCCAUUAAUUCAAUAAAUUUUAUUUGCUGAU